CACAACGGAGAAACCGGCGCUUUUGUCCAAUGUGAGGGCGCCGCCUCGUUGCGGCUGUCCAAUGGGGAGGAAGAGAUGGGCGGGAGACAAAAAAAGGGCAUGCGCGUGACGUAACGGGCGUGCGCGUAAGGAGACGGGAAGAGGCGAAGUGAGUCAGUGUGAGGGGGAAGCGGCGACGUCGAGACAAGAUGGCGGCGAUAAUGGCGGCCGCGGGAGGAGCUGUGGCGGCGGCAGGGCCCGGGCCCGCCGGCUCAGCGGCGGCGGCGAUGAUGAUGAUGAUGGCCUCGUCGUCGUCCUCCUCCUCCGGCAACUGCUGCCCGCCUCCUCUCCCUCCUCCGGCCCUUCCUCCGCCUCCCGGCGCGGUCCGCAUCGGCGACAGGCUGUACUCGGGGGUGCUGAUCACGCUGGAGAAUUGUCUCCUGCCGGCCGACGCGCUCCGCUUCACGCCUUCGAUGGGCAGUGGCCUGGACGCCGAGACCGAGGCGCAGCUCCGAGUCACCGGCUGCGAGCUCAUCCAGGCCGCCGGGAUCCUGCUGAGGCUCCCUCAGGUGGCCAUGGCUACGGGGCAGGUGUUGUUCCAGCGUUUCUUUUAUACAAAAUCGUUUGUGAAGCAUUCCAUGGAGCAUGUGUCGAUGGCCUGUGUUCACUUGGCAUCAAAAAUUGAAGAAGCACCAAGGCGUAUAAGAGACGUAAUUAACGUAUUCCACAGACUCCGGUUCCUGAGAGAGAAAAAGAAGCCUGUACCUCUAAUCCUGGAUCAAGAGUAUGUUAAUUUGAAGAACCAAAUUAUAAAAGCUGAGAGGAGAGUUCUGAAGGAGUUAGGAUUUUGUGUACAUGUGAAACAUCCUCACAAGAUAAUCGUUAUGUACCUUCAGGUAUUAGAAUGUGAACGUAACCAACACCUGGUCCAGACCUCAUGGAACUACAUGAAUGACAGCCUGCGGACCGACGUCUUUGUAAGGUUUCACCCCGAGAGCAUCGCUUGCGCCUGCAUUUACCUUGCUGCUAGGACUCUGGAGAUCCCACUUCCAAAUCGCCCCCACUGGUUUCUACUCUUUGGAGCGACAGAAGAGGAAAUUCAGGAGAUCUGCCUGAAAAUUUUACAACUCUACACACGUAAAAAGGUUGAUCUAGCUGUCCUGGAAAGCCGAGUAGAGAAGAAGAAGCUAGCCAUCGAAGAGGCAAAAGCACAAGCAAAAGGCCUCUUGCCAGAUGGGACCCCCAAUUUGGAUGCUGUGUCUGGAUUUUCGCCUGCCCCCAAAACUGAGUCUCCAAAAGAAAAUAAGGGCAGCAAGCCUUCCCCACUUGCUGUGCAGGCGAUAAAGAACGCCAAGAGGAAAAUGGAAGGGAUGAAGCGGGUAAAAUCCAACAGCCCCAUCAACGGCAUUCAGAAAGACAGAGACAGCCGGAGCCGAAGUGGAAGUAGAGACCAGAGUUAUUCCAGGUCACCCUCGAGAUCGCCAUCUCCAAAGCAGAGGAAGAGCGAAAGCUAUUCCCCGUCGAGUGGCUCCAAGUCCCACAGCCGCUCCCGGAGCCGCAGCGACUCUCCCCCGCGGCAGUUCAACCACGGCGGUGCAAGUUACAAAGGCUCCAAGAUGAGGAGCUACAAAAAGGCCAAGGGGUACAAAUACGCGUCGCCCAAGCAGCGCAAGUCCCGCAGCCGGAGCUCCUCGCGCUCCAGGAGCCGCUCGCGGGAACGGUCGGACCACUCCGGGAAGUACAAGAAGAAAAGCCACUACUACAGGGAUCAGAGACCUGAGCGGCCCCACUCCUACGAGAGGCCAGGCCACCGCUACGAGAGAGACCAUCCGGGCCACAGUCGGCACAGGAGAUGAGUCACGCCGAAGGGCAUCCGAAGCUGAGCGCCUCUUCCAGAUUCUGGGCGCUCACAGACUUUAUCUCUGACACCUUAGUUGCGUACCUGCUUGGUGCAGACCUCGAGGACGAAUGCUGCAAAGGACUGAAUUGGGACGACGUGCCGUUUACUUGGGCUGUUUUGAUUUUGUUUCUCUGCGUCUCCUCGUAAUGAGGGACCGCAGCUAUCUCGUCUGUCCGUUCUUCGUACUAGGCAGGGGACACUCUUUUCCUGCUUACAGAAGCAGGAUUGUUUUCCGGAUAACGUCGGAUUCUGAGGAGAGAAUUGCCUUUUGAGGCCAGUCAGAGGGUUUGGACGACCCCUGUUUUUCCCUCUCAAAGGAUCUUGGACACUCAGACCCAACAGCAUUGCUUGGUGCUAACAGCAGUCCUUGGUAGUUGUUCCCCCCCCCCACCAGAGCGGACUUGAUUGCGUUGUAGAACACAAGGUGAUUUUUGUUUUGUUUUUAGAAGCAAUGCCUAUAUUAGGCGGCCUUUUUGUGUGUGUAUAUAUCUGGUGUUGGAAUAGUAAGGACAGAAAAAAGGCCUUAACCCUUUAAACUUACCCACAAAGUGCAAAUGCAUUUAAUUAAAUUUGGGGAGGGGGAGUUUGUAACCUGCAUACUGAAUAUUGAGAACUUCGGAUUCCUCAGCUAAAGACUUCUCACCCCCCCUUUUUUUCUUUGUUUUUUUUUUUUUUUUUUUUUUUUUUUUUUGCAUAAAGAAAUCUGUGGAAAUGUGAAAAGUAUUUAGAUUCAGUGUGUUGGAAGUGGUCUAUUUUUUAAAACUGGUGGAUUGCCUGGUGCUGGCCACCAGCUCAGGACUUGGGAUGCUUUCAUAUAAUAUAACAUUUUAUGUGGUUUAGAUAAAAAAAAAAACCCUCUACUCAGGAUCUUUAAAAAUUCUUGAAGAACUGAUAGUUUGCCCCCUCCUCCUUUGCGUGCUUAAAAGAAGGCAUUUAUAUUAAGAGAGAAAUGUACGCAGCACAGGAAUAUCCGUUUUAGGGGUAUAUAUCUGAGCUGUUUUCCUGUUCCCUGAUUUUCAUUAAAGUAUUUGAUUUUAUAUUUAAAA